AUGACCUCGGUUUCGUCCUUGCAGACGUGCCAGUGCUGUGCGUGGAGCGCUGCCCUGUCCGCAUUCUACGGAACAUGCCCCGGCUACGACCUGACAAACUACGGCCUCUCCGCCAUCGCCAGCACGGCCGCAACCACCGAACAGAUGACAGGCACCUGCCCCGACCUGACCUCAUCCGUCUGCCAGGGGAAAUUCGGCAUCGAGUCCUUCGACGACGGCGGCGCCUAUCCCGAUCCCGCCAAUCUCCCUGAUCCAGGCACCAAAGCGCCGACUACAACCGAAGGUCCCGGGCCCCUGACCUCGCCUCCGGGGGAGAGACCAUGA